GAAAUACAAGGUGAUGAACGACAUCCUUGAUAAAAUUUCGCCCUUGGAAACGAAAACUGUCUUCGACCUGCUUCAAAAAUCAUCAGUUGUCGGCUCUGCUCUUCAGGUUGUGGAGAAAGUGCCCCAUCAGUUUUUGAAUUUCUCCUUAGCUGCUAUCAGUUCAAUGACGUCACGACUAUGGUCUCUUGCCCAGAAACAAGACGCAGCAGACAUACCACUGACAAAGCAAUCAGCUGAAAACUUGGCUUCAUGUCUUAAUAGCGUGUUGAAGGCAGCAGCAGUGAUUGCAUCAGAAAACUUCAAAUCAAGUUUUCAACAACUGGUACU